CGCGUUUCCCAUGAUGCCUCGCUCCGGCUACCAGCUGACUAGUGCUUGUUCUUGAAGUGCUGCUCGCGCUCCGGCAACGCAGAGAGUCCGUUGAGAGAAGGAGAAAAAAAAAAAAAAAAAAAAAGAAGUGCGGCGUUUUCGCUUCCUCCUCCGAGUCCCUGGCGCGAGCGAAGCGCUCCGCGCGCACCCGGGUCUCGUCGCGUGGGCUGCCAGGAACGUGCGGGAUCUCAAACGAAAUGCGGGGGGGCGCCGGUUCCCGUUUAAAUUCUACGUUUUAGAGCCCACCCCCCCUCCUUCUCCACCCUUGUCAUUUCGUUGAUAUGGAACCUCUAUCUCCCAGUAAGUCAGAUGGUUUACUGCCUCAAGACCUUUCCAAGAGCAGCCUCCCCUCUGCAUUGAACCUGACAAGGAAGAGUGACGACAUCCUGCUGAAAAGCAACUCCAUGGAGGCCCUGCGCAUGGUGAAGACGCCCAGCUGGUACAGCAUUGGUCCUGGGAGCAGCAAGGGCCUUGGCUUUCCAGAGAGCGACUCUGAUCACAUGCCUCAAUCCAGUCAGCAGGUGCAACCAGACAAUGCCUUUUCCAAUGCCACUGUCACCCUUUCCUAUGUUAGCAGGUCUCGAGUCUUCUCGUCCCAUAACCCCUCUAUCUGUGGGCUUCCGUCCAUACAUAGAAAAUUAUCCCGGCACUCUCCUACGCAUGAAGCAGAUAUGUUAGCCAAUGAAGCGGGACAAGGGGCACUUCAUGUGGACAUUGACCAAUGCAUCUUGCAGCAUGCUGCUAAGCCUGUUGGGUUGACGUCACAGUCUGAGCUGUUUGAGACAAGUACACAGGCGCACUUAAUGGAGAGCAUAGCAGGGACCUGUUUUGUGCAGCAGGCUCUUGAGAUGAAUGGGAACAAAGAUGGCCAUCCACUGGGGGUGGAAAAACUUGAACCUAAACUUGGAGACAAUGCCUCAGAAUGCACGCAUUCUCAGGAAAGUGAUGGAAGUGGCUGCCAACAUAAUUGUACUGGCAACAGCUUCUCAGAAGUCAAGGAAAUAUCCACAAAAAGCCUCCUUACCAACACAGGGGGAGAGGGGAAAAAGUGUGAUUCUGAAGUGUUUUUCUUUAUUUCCCGAACUGAGGAGCCAGUGAUUUUUCUGGAUAAUGUUGAUUCUCGGAACUUGUGUAAUUCUUUAAAUGGGGAAUAUAUUAGUCCUUUAGAAGACCCCUUAUCCCCUCCUGCUACCUCAUUGGAUGAAACGGAAGUUGUUUUCGUUCUGCCACAAACACUAAGCUCUCCUACUGGAGAUAAUUCUAUAGACGAUGUUUCUAAUGUCACAGGACAGGAGGAACCAGUAGAUCUUUCUGUUACGGAGCCUCAAGCAGCACCUCCGGAAGUAGGAUAUUCUCUUGAGAGCAGCCUUGGCAGUAACAUUGUGGAAGUGCCCAUCGUCAGCAAUGGAUUACGGAAACUGCCAGCUGAUAUACCGGAAACUUGCCGGCCGCCAUCGCGGUCUAGCAAUGACCUGUUGGACAGCAAGGGCAUAUCGCCUGAGGGCCAAAAAGCAAAGUCUCCAGUAUACGAUGAUCCCAUUCUCAAUGGGAGCAUACUUGCGCACAAGAGAGCUUUUCAAAGAAAGAAGCUUCCUCCUCGCUCCAGGAGGGGGAAAAGGUUGGAGGCCAUCGUCCAGAAUAUCUCACCUUCCAGAUCUAAGUCAAGUAAUGUCCAUUCCAUAAAUAAAUGCACCAGUCCUAAAUCUCAGACCAACUUCUCCCACCCUGUAAGAGAAGUCCUCCAGUGCCAAGAUUCACUAGAGGAUGCAUCUGGUCCUGAAAGGGAGUCCAGUUUAAAGACAACACUCUUACAGAAGGUAAAUGCUGAUAACACUGACACGGAAAGUCACAGAAGCAAAAACUCUACCUCAGAUUGUGAAUACAUAAGCACCUUCAAGUCUUCAUACAGCAACGCAUCUCCAGAACCAUUAACCCCCAAGAAAACAACAGAAAAUGGGCAACUUGGCAGUUCUCUUAAACGUUCUCCAAGGGUUAGGGGAAAGAGAACAUCACUGCUGCCAAAAGCCUGUCAAAAAAGUCCCACAAAGCAGCACACUACUUCGGGGGCCAGCAAGGCUAUGCCUACAUCAAAGAAAGCCCACAUUACAAAAAGAAAGCGAAAAAAGCGCAAAGCUGGUCAAUCCUCCCUGUUUUCUCCACAGGAGCCUGAAAUCAAGCUUAAGUAUGUGAAUUACAAGGAGGAGAAAAGGGAUAUGAAAGCAGACACCUUUUCCCCAUUCAUCCGUAUGGAGGUUAAGGAGUACUCUACCUGCACGGUUGUCAACUAUGCUGAAGAGGAAAAUACACGGUUAAAGAAAGGACAGCAGCAGGCACCCUCUGGGUUUGUGUCUGGCAUUAUUCCUACAACCUCCUGUCUGCAGCUGGGUCGUGUCAGCACAGAAAGUAAGUGCCAGAAUUCUCUUGUCUGCUGCUUAUGCAGCAGGUCAGCUAAUGCUGUUGACUUGGGGGAUCUACACGGACCUUACUAUCCCGAGGGCUACAAACCUGCCGCUAAAGCCCAGAGGAGUAAGCAGGGUCUGAAGGAGGAGGAAUAUAGUGACUCGGACUCAUCGUUCAGCGCACGGAGCAGGAGGCGUGCCCAAGCGCACACCAGCUGGCCUCCAAGACCUGCUCACAGAUUGAAGCGGGAAGAUGUCCUGGGCUCUAGCCACACAUUGGCCACUGACAGCGAAGGCCUUGAAAGCCCUUCAUCCAAGAGGCCCCGAACAGAGCUGAUAACUGACGACUGGUACAGUCCCCCUGUGGUGCCCUUGGACACCAAUGAAUACUGGGUCCAUGAGGACUGUGGCAUCUGGUCAGCAGGUGUCUUUCUGGUCAAAGGAAAGCUGUACGGGCUGGAAGAGGCUGUCAGGCUGGCACAAGAGACGGUCUGCUCCACAUGCAACAGGGUGGGCGCUACACUGGGAUGUUUCUUCAAAGGGUGCCCCAAUAAGUACCACUAUCCAUGCGCCAUGCAGUCAGAUUGUGUGCUCAAUGAAGACAACUUCUCAAUGAAAUGUACAAAGCACAAGAAUAAGUCAUUCAAAGGAUUUUCUGCAAACAGACAGGAAACCAGGUGACGCAGAGAAGAGAAAAGAUGCUAUGCAAGAUUGCAGAUCUUUCCCUCUCACUUAUUUCAUCUCUGGCAGUCUGCGGAUCUUCUGUUGUGAGUCCAGGAACCUUGAUGAUACUGGAAAAGAAUCAGCAAGAAUGUUUUGGUAGCAAGGCUUCAGUUGAAUGCAAGCACCAACAAACCUUAAUUGUGUGUGUGGGUUUCUUUUUUUAACUGGUUAUGUAAAAAGCUUAACAACUGGUUCACCAAUGGCACUUUUUACAGUUUUUUGUAGUCAGGGGUACAUUGUUUGCUUUUUGGCCCUUCAGCCUUUGGCUGGUAACACCUUUGGUUGGGGAUUAGAACUUUGACAGUGGGGUCCACUUUGCUGCUCAAAAGCCCUACAGCAAAUGAUGUGAAUUUUGAGCCCUGAUCCAAUCAGUUGAUGACACCUUAAAUAUAGACUACAGUUAAUGCCAUAUUAAUUUCAACACAACCAGUAAGUGUUGGUGAUUGAAGAACAAGUGACUAUAGAAGAGAACUUCCCACAAUAUCACACAGUCCACAUUUGUCUCAGCUUGAGAAAUAUUUUUUACAGUUUUAUAAGUGCAGUUUGCAGGGGAUUAUUUAUAUUUUUGGCUUCUUUGAUCCUCUACUGAUUUGUGAUUGACCUGAUGUUGAUCGACCUGUUGCUGUGUGUGGGUGUGCGUGUGUAUGAUUAUUUAAGGAAAGUGAAAACGGCAAUAUUACCACAGACAACUCUUAAAAAGGAAAUGCGUACAAGUUUAUUGGGCCUUAUUGUCACUCCCUCAUUCAGCUUUUUGAGCCUGCAAGACAGCCUAUGUUAAAACAUUAUUGUCCUUUAAAGUUUGUAUGAACAGCCUGUUUUAACCUUUCGUCCUCGAUCCAAGCACAUUUUUGCCACUGUGGUGCGUGUUUAGUGUUCAUGUGUUCACCACUCAUUUACAUUUAUUUAUUUAGCAGACGCUUUUCUCCAAAGCAACUUCCGAUGAACUCUAUAUAGUGUUAUCAGCCCACACACCUUUUUCACCAAAAUAUACUCCCUGUCCUCACUGCUCAUUUGUGAUGUUGAAAGGUGGGGAAGGGUGGCUGGAAGCACUUUUAAGAAGCACUUAAAGCAUUGAUUACAGUAUGCGUGUAAAUCUCUGCACAGGCUGAAAAACCCUGAACAGAUCCCAAGCAUUGCCAUGGUAGUCUGUAGUUCCCCUUUUCUGAUCCCUGUGGUUUUCCAGACUUACAGGACAUGCUGCUUCCAGCUUUCACAUGUUCUAUUCUAAUAUUUCUUGGUAUAAAAUCUUAACUUUUUGAGUUUAAGGAUAUGAAAUUGAGAAAAGCAUUAAAGCUUUUUGGCCCAUGUUAGCCUUUGUUCUGUGUAAUAUAAUGCAAGGCUUAAUAUUAAUAUAUGCCUGGGGCAACUUAUUGACGUUAACAUUGGUCCACAUGAAAUUUACAGUAGUAAAGCAGAAUGUUUGCACAAGAAAAUAUGUAAAACUUUCAUUUUUGCUUAAAGUCCAUCUUUCCUCAUUUUUGUUUUAAUACAACUGAUGUGGAAAUUGAACUGCCUUGGUGAUGUUAAGGUGAAUGAUCUAACUAGUGGAGAAAAUAAGGUGUUUCUCAGUCGGCUUCUAAAAAUUCUCAAUCUGAGAACAAAAGUUUAAACUUUGUCAUCUGAAGGGAAAGAGAGAGGAAAUACACUAUCAAACUGUCUUCAACAGUAUAAAUGAAUCUUCCAAGGUUUUUCCCAGGUAAAGCUACACCUUUAGGUGAGGGGAACAGACAACUGGGUAAAUGUUGAGCCUUGCUAAGAAUUUUUAAAAUGAUUGGUAAAACACAACUGAAGUGCAAACGUUGCCCUGCUGGUUUAUAGACAUAAUCUGACAUUUAUGCUCUUGUUCUGCUAUUGAAAUUUUCAUCUAAGUUUGGAUAUUUUUCCGGUGUCACCCCAUCCCAUUUUUUCCACCUGCUUUUAAAAUAAAAUGUUGAGACAAGGAUUCUUAUGACCUGUAGUAUUAUUGUCCAGCUUGCCAUGAGGUAUUCAUCAAUGCGUAGGUAUAUUUAUGUAUAUUUACCUAUUUAAGACUUUCUUGUGUAUCUAGGAUAAUACCAAAAAGAGUGUGUGUUAUUCCUGAAUGAAGUAGAAGUUGAGUUUCAAUCUUUAAUGUUGUGUUCCUCAAAGGUAAGAGGAUAAGUUGCUCAUUUUUGUAAAAGGGGUCUGGAGGGGGAAAACACUGCACAUGUAUAUAUGUUGCAUGAUAGUCCUGCCAGGGGGUGAUAUAUCCACAACAAAAAAAAUAGGAGGAAAGAGGUUUUCCUUUGAUCUUCAUUUUCCUAACCAUCAUUGAUUCCCCCCCAAAAAAUGCCCCCCCACCUUUUUUUUCCCCCCUUCCCUGUGCUGUUCAUUUGGGUUUGUAGCUGCUGUGAUGAGAGGUGAUGCCAAGGGCAAAAAAAAAAGUUGGCCAAAAGAUACAUGGGGUAGCAGUUCUGGUGAGUUCCUGUCCAAAAAAGCUUUUAGUUAACAAACUUUACACUUUUUUCCACUUUUUUUUAAUCCAGAAAGGUUCCAGUAUCAAGGGCUAUUAUUCUUGCCCAGUUGUCUUUGUUUAGUCUGACCAAAAAUAAAAUGAAUAAUU